AUGUCGCAAACAGUCGGAAAGACUCGUCUCGCCUACUCCCGGGUAUGGCACUACAUUGAUGUCGGUUCCGACCCCCGGUCCCUUGGCCGGAUUGCCUCCAGGAUUGCAGUCUUCUUAAUGGGCAAGCACAAGCCUAUCUAUGACCCCUCGACGGACUGCGGUGAUUAUGUCGUCGCUGUCGGCUGCAAGGAUCUCCGCACGACGGGAAAGAAGCGGUUCCAGAAGAAGUACUACACCCACACGACGCGUCCAGGCAGUCUGAAGAGCAUGACCAUGGACAAGAUGUUCGAGAAAUGGGGUGGUGGGGAAGUCUUGCGCAGAGCAGUGAGAGGGAUGUUGCCAAAGAACAGGCUGCGAGAGAAGAGAUUGGCAAGACUAAAGACGUUCGAAGGUCUCAACCAUCCGUACAAGGAGAACAUUAUCAAGUUUGGCAACCAGUCCGGCAUAGGAAACUUGCCAGAGGUUCAGGAGACGCUGAAGAAAGCAAGAGCGUCGGGAUAA